CAUGUUAAUCUGAUGCUUCCGGAUCUUGCUGUUAGCUGCAUUGAGUGUGGAAAUGUGACGAUUGCCAACCAUUCCUUGAGGGUACCAUGCGCCGAAAGGCACAUCUGUAGAGGAGAUUACUGCGUCGUAAAGCGCGGACUUGACCCGCAUACAUACUGUGGAAGUUUCUGGGAAGGCACAAAUGAGGAACGUUGUUCAAAGCAACCAGGAGAAGCUGAGCAAUGCGUGUGCAAAAAUGAUAUGUGCAACGUUAUGCUUUCGCCAGAGGCAAUGCAGGAAAUGCUCAGGCCUACCACUACAUUAGCACCAACUACUACGACAUACAUUACCACCCUGCUGACGACUUCGGAAGCUCUAGUACUUCCUCUGACAACCACAACAAGUGAGUGUUUAGUGAGAUUUUAA